AUGGCGACCCGGGUGAAGCAGCCCCAGGGGCGUGGCCUGUCCUCUCUAUUUUCUUGUUGCUUCAAAGGAAGUGACCAACCAGAGAUCACCUACUGCCAUGACAACGUCAACACUGCAGCUGUACUGGAGCCCACCCUGCCCAUGCCCCCCCUUCCAGAGCUGGACUCUAUAUUCACUGAGCUGGUGGAUGAACUGGACCUUACAGACGAGCACAGAACUGCCAUGUUUGCUUUGCCAGCAGAGAAAAAAUGGCAGAUCUACUGUGGUAAGAAAAUGGAGGCAGAGGAGAACAAUGGAGCGACCAGAUGGCCCGAGUAUUAUAUUGACCAGCUCAGGUCCAUGGCUGCUAGGAGGACUCUGCUGGCACUGGAGAAUGAGGAAGAGCAGGGAAGACAUACAAUUGUAGAUGGUCUAAAGACCGCACUAAGGACACAGCCGAUGAGGUUUGUGACACGGUUCAUUGAGUUGGAUGGCCUGUCUUGUAUCCUGAAUUUCCUCAAGUCAAUGGACUAUGAGACCACCAACUCCCAGAUCCAUACCUCACUGAUAGGCUGCGUCAAAGCUCUGAUGAACAACUCUCAGGGCAGAGCUCAUGUCCUGGGUCACUGUGAAAGCAUUAACAUCAUCGCACAAAGUCUCACCACUGAAAGCUUUAAAACCAAGGUUGCAGUGUUAGAGAUCCUUGGUGCAGUAUGUUUGGUGCCAGGAGGCCAUAAGAAAGUAUUAGAAGCCAUGCUGCACUACCAGACAUUUGCCUCAGAGAGAACACGUUUUCAGACCUUGCUGACAGACUUGGACAGAUCCACAGGCCGCUACAGGGAUGAAGUUAAUCUGAAGACUGCCAUUAUGUCCUUCGUCAAUGCUGUGCUCAGUCAGGGGGCUGGAGAGACCAGUCUGGAGUUCCGUAUCCAUUUACGCUACGAGUUCCUGAUGUUGGGCAUUCAGCCGGUCAUUGACAAACUACACUCUAAUGACAACGCCACCCUGAACAGACAUUUGGACUUCUUUGAGAUGUUGAGGAAUGAAGAUGAGCUUCUGAUGUCCAAACAUUUUGAUAUUGUCCAUAUAGAAACUAAAAGUGCCAGCCAGAUGUUUGAGCUGAUCAAGAGAAGUCUGAGCCAUACUGAAGCUUACCCUCACCUGCUGUCUGCACUGCAGCACUGUCUUAUGAUGCCAUACAAGCAGAGCAGUACCACCCUUCAGUACUGGGUGUUGUUGGAUCGGAUAGUUCAGCAGCUGGUUCUGCAGACGGACAAAGGUGAAGACCCUGAUGUUGCUCCACUGGAGGACUUCAACGUUAAAAAUAUUGUACGCAUGCUCAUCAAGGAGAGCGAGGUCAAACAAUGGAAAGAACAAGCUGAUAAAAUGAGAAAAGAGCAUCAGAACUUACAUCAGCGUUUUGAAAAGAGAGAGCGAGAGUGUGAGAUCAAGAAUAAGGAAAAAGAAGACAUGAUGGCGUUGCUGAACAAGAUGAAAGACAAACUGGAGCGAGAGAGCAACGAGCACAAGCAAGCUCGACUGCAAGUGGGAGACCUGUCUGCUCGGCUGCAGCAGCUCAGCUCUACUUCCAGUGUCCCAGGAGGACCUCCUGUGACGUCAGCUAGUUUAGUUGGUCCUGUGCCGUCCAUGCCUUCUCCUCCACAUCCUCCUCCUCCUCCACCUCCUCCUCCAGGAGGCCCUCCAGGUUUUGGCAUGGCUCCAUUUGCCCCACCUCCUCCACCAGGACUUCCACUAGGAACUGCCCAGAGGAAGAAUAUUCCUCGGCCAUCUAACCCACUGAAGUCAUUCAACUGGAGUAAACUGCCUGAGAGCAAGCUGGAAGGGACCAUAUGGAAAGAGAUGGAUGAUCUCAAGGUGUUUAAAGUUCUGGAUCUGGAAGAGUUCCAGAAGACCUUCUCAGCUUACCAGAAACCACAAGAAGGAUCAGAGAGUCACCACCAUCACUAG